CUGGAGAUACAGAUGACCCACCCAGAAUUACUCAGAACCCUGUCAUCAACGGGAAUGUGGCCAUGAGUGAUGGACACAACACCACCGAGGAAGACAUGGAGGAUGGGGUGUAACGGGGCAGUUGAAAGAAACCGUCAGUCACGGGCUGCACCACCAGAAGGACUCCUGUUCAGACCUCCUGCCAAAAGUUCAGCCUCCAUGAGAAACUGCAGCCGUAGUUGAGAGUUCUCUCACAGUGCGGUUUACCCCUGGCAGCUGGCUGAGGCAAUAUCUGAGGAAGACACGAGUUGGCGCUCCGAGGCAACCUUUCAGUUCACUGUCGAGCGCUUCAGCAGACUGAGUGAGUCGGUCCUUAGCCCUCCGUGUUUUGUGCGAAAUCUGCCAUGGAAGAUUAUGGUGAUGCCACGCUUUUAUCCAGACAGACCACACCAAAAAAGCGUAGGAUUCUUUCUCCAGUGCAAUGCUGAAUCUGAUUCCACGUCGUGGUCUUGCCAUGCACAGGCAGUGCUGAAGAUCAUAAAUUACAGAGAUGAUGAGAAGUCCUUCAGUCGUCGUAUUAGUCAUUUGUUCUUCCAUAAAGAAAACGAUUGGGGAUUUUCCAAUUUUAUGGCCUGGAGUGAAGUGACUGAUCCUGAGAAAGGAUUUAUAGAUGAUGACAAAGUUACUUUUGAAGUCUUUGUACAGGCCGAUGCUCCCCAUGGAGUUGCGUGGGAUUCAAAGAAGCACACGGGCUAUGUCGGUUUAAAGAAUCAGGGAGCGACUUGUUACAUGAACAGCCUGCUGCAGACUUUAUUUUUCACAAAUCAACUACGAAAGGCUGUGUACAUGAUGCCGACAGAGGGCGACGACUCAUCUAAAAGCGUUCCUUUAGCAUUACAAAGAGUGUUCUACGAACUGCAGCACAGUGACAAGCCCGUAGGAACCAAAAAGCUGACGAAGUCCUUUGGGUGGGAAACUUUAGAUAGCUUCAUGCAACAUGAUGUUCAAGAGCUGUGUCGAGUGUUGCUUGAUAAUGUGGAAAAUAAGAUGAAAGGCACGUGUGUAGAAGGCACCAUACCUAAAUUAUUCAGAGGCAAAAUGGUGUCCUAUAUCCAGUGUAAAGAAGUAGACUACCGAUCUGAUAGGAGAGAAGAUUAUUAUGAUAUCCAGCUAAGUAUAAAAGGAAAGAAGAAUAUAUUUGAAUCAUUUGUGGAUUACGUGGCAGUAGAACAACUCGAUGGUGACAAUAAGUACGACGCUGGGGAGCACGGCUUGCAGGAAGCAGAGAAAGGAGUGAAAUUCCUAACAUUGCCACCAGUGUUACAUCUACAACUGAUGAGAUUUAUGUAUGACCCUCAGACGGACCAAAACAUCAAGAUCAACGACAGGUUUGAGUUCCCCGAACAGUUACCACUCGAUGAAUUUUUGCAAAAAACAGAUCCUAAGGACCCUGCAAAUUACAUUCUUCAUGCAGUCCUGGUUCACAGUGGAGAUAACCAUGGUGGACAUUACGUGGUCUAUCUAAACCCCAAAGGGGACGGCAAAUGGUGUAAAUUUGACGACGACGUGGUGUCGAGGUGUACGAAGGAGGAAGCCAUCGAGCACAACUACGGGGGGCACGACGACGACCUGUCUGUGCGGCACUGCACCAAUGCCUACAUGCUGGUGUACAUCAGGGAGUCGCGGCUGAGUGAGGUUUUACAAGCUGUCACCGACCAUGAUAUUCCUCAGCAGUUGGUGGAACGAUUACAGGAAGAGAAGAGGAUCGAGGCUCAGAAGCGGAAGGAGCGUCAGGAAGCCCAUCUCUACAUGCAAGUCCAGAUAGUUGCAGAGGACCAGUUCUGUGGCCACCAGGGAAAUGAUAUGUACGAUGAAGAAAAAGUGAAAUACACUGUGUUCAAAGUAUUGAAAAACUCCUCACUGGCUGAAUUUGUCCAGAACCUCUCUCAGACCAUGGGAUUUCCACAAGAUCAAAUUCGAUUAUGGCCCAUGCAGGCCAGGAGCAACGGAACCAAACGACCAGCCAUGUUAGACAACGAGGCAGACGGCAGCAAGACAAUGAUUGAACUCAGCGAUAAUGAAAACCCCUGGACGAUAUUCCUGGAAACAGUCGACCCGGAGCUGGCCGCCAGCGGAGCCACAUUACCCAAGUUUGAUAAAGAUCAUGAUGUGAUGUUAUUUUUGAAGAUGUAUGAUCCCAAAACACGGAGCUUGAAUUACUGUGGGCAUAUCUAUACGCCCAUAUCCUGUAAAAUACGUGACUUGCUCCCAGUUAUGUGUGACAGAGCAGGAUUUAGCCAAGAUACUAGCCUUAUCCUCUAUGAGGAAGUUAAACCGAAUUUAACAGAGAGAAUUCAGGACUACGAUGUGUCUCUUGAUAAAGCCCUCGAUGAACUAAUGGAUGGUGACAUUAUAGUGUUUCAGAAGGAUGACCCUGAAAAUGAUAACACUGAACUGCCCACCGCAAAAGAGUACUUCAGGGACCUCUACCACCGUGUGGAUGUCACUUUCUGUGAUAAAACCAUCCCGAACGACCCUGGAUUCGUGGUCACAUUAUCGAAUAGAAUGAAUUAUUUUCAGGUUGCAAAGACCGUUGCACAGAGGCUCAACACUGACCCCAUGUUGCUCCAGUUUUUCAAGUCUCAAGGUUAUAGGGAUGGCCCAGGUAAUCCUCUUAGACAUAAUUAUGAAGGUACUUUAAGAGAUCUUCUACAGUUCUUCAAGCCUAGACAACCUAAGAAACUUUACUAUCAGCAGCUUAAGAUGAAAAUCACAGACUUUGAAAACAGGCGGAGUUUUAAGUGUAUAUGGUUAAACAGCCAAUUUAGGGAAGAGGAAAUAACACUAUAUCCAGACAAGCACGGGUGUGUCCGGGACCUGCUAGAAGAAUGUAAAAAGGCCGUAGAGCUCGGCGAGAAGGCGUCAGGGAAACUCAGGCUGCUAGAAAUUGUAAGCUACAAAAUUAUUGGUGUGCACCAAGAAGAUGAGCUGUUAGAAUGUUUAUCUCCCGCAACGAGUCGAACGUUUCGAAUAGAGGAAAUACCUCUGGACCAGGUAGACAUAGAUAAGGAAAACGAGAUGCUGAUCACAGUGGCCCAUUUCCACAAAGAGGUGUUUGGAACAUUUGGAAUUCCAUUUUUGCUGAGGAUACACCAGGGCGAGCAUUUCAGAGAAGUAAUGAAGCGGAUUCAGAGUCUGCUCGACAUCCAAGAAAAGGAGUUUGAAAAGUUUAAAUUUGCCAUUGUGAUGAUGGGCCGACACCAGUACAUAAAUGAAGAUGAGUAUGAAGUAAACUUGAAAGAUUUUGAGCCUCAGCCUGGUAACAUGUCUCACCCUCGGCCCUGGCUCGGGCUCGACCACUUCAACAAAGCCCCAAAGAGGAGUCGCUACACUUACCUGGAAAAGGCCAUUAAAAUCCAUAACUGACUUCCUGACCCGGUGUGUGCAAGGCGAGGGCCCUGCGUGGGUGUGUGCCCCUUUUUAACUGCCGAGAACUUUGGUACAAGUGCACUCGAUCCGUAUCCGGAGUCUUCAGCAAGAGGAUUUGCUGCUGAUCUUAAUUUUAUUUUGUUGAGGGUUCAGUUUGGCUUCUCUGUAUCUAUUGACUGCCCUUUUUGAGCAAAAUGAAGGUGUUUUUAUAAA